CCCUUAUUUUAGUCUGACACACAGCAAGAGCAAUGCACAUCCCUCCCUCUCCUCUAGUUCGGUAUAUAAACACCGGAGAGAUCACGCUCUGUCCUUUUUUUGCCUCUGCUCGAAAUCUCUGGACGUCUUGGUAGUUGCUGGACACAGUAAAUCGAAAUGGGAAAGGAAAAGACCCACAUUAACAUCGUGGUCAUCGGACAUGUCGACUCCGGCAAGUCCACCACCACCGGUCACCUGAUCUACAAGUGCGGAGGAAUCGACAAGAGAACCAUCGAGAAGUUUGAGAAGGAAGCCGCUGAGAUGGGAAAGGGCUCCUUCAAAUACGCCUGGGUGCUGGACAAACUGAAGGCCGAGCGUGAGCGUGGUAUCACCAUCGAUAUCGCUCUGUGGAAGUUCGAGACCAGCAAGUACUACGUGACCAUCAUUGAUGCCCCGAGGAAAUCACCAAGGAAGUGAGCGCCUACAUCAAAAAGAUCGGCUACAACCCCGCCACGGUUGCCUUCGUCCCCAUCUCUGGAUGGCACGGAGACAACAUGCUGGAGCCCAGUGACAAGAUGGCCUGGUUCAAGGGCUGGAAGAUCGAGCGCAAGGAAGGCGGAGCCACAGGCACCACCCUGCUGGAGGCCCUGGACUCCAUCAUGCCACCUUCCCGCCCCACCGACAAACCUCUGCGUCUGCCCCUGCAGGACGUCUACAAGAUUGGCGGUAUCGGAACCGUUCCCGUCGGCCGUGUUGAGACCGGUAUCCUGAAGCCCGGCAUGGUCGUCACUUUCGCUCCCCCCAACCUGACCACAGAGGUGAAGUCCGUGGAGAUGCACCACGAGUCUCUGUCUGAAGCUCUGCCCGGUGACAACGUCGGCUUCAACGUCAAGAACGUCUCCGUCAAGGAAAUCCGCCGUGGAAACGUGGCCGGCGACAGCAAGAACGACCCACCCCAGGCUGCGGAGAACUUCACCGCCCAGGUCAUCAUCCUGAACCACCCCGGCCAGAUCGCCCAGGGUUACGCCCCCGUGCUGGACUGCCACACCGCUCACAUCGCCUGCAAAUUCAGUGAGCUCAAAGAGAAGAUUGACCGUCGUUCUGGCAAGAAGCUUGAGGACAACCCCAAGGCUCUGAAGUCAGGAGAUGCCGCCAUCAUCACCAUGGUGCCUGGAAAACCCAUGUGUGUCGAGAGCUUCUCCCAGUACCCUCCCCUUGGCCGCUUUGCCGUGCGUGACAUGAGGCAGACCGUUGCCGUUGGCGUCAUCAAGUCCGUCGAGAAGAAGGUUGCCAGCGGUGGAAAGGUCACCAAGUCCGCACAGAAAGCCGACAAAAAGAAAUGAAUCCUCGUGCAGGAGGUCCACCGACAAGUCGCGUCUCAGCAGCAGCGGGCCGCCCCAUCCUCCCUUCCCCCCUUCCAUCCAGCGCCGUCUUCUCUGAGGCAGAGCUCUCUACUCAAGGACUGGCUUAUGCUGAUUAAAACCCAUCGGAAGAGUUUCCGUAGGAAAGGAAGGUUCGUGCCUUCAAGGGAAAACUACCAUCAUGAUUACAUUUAAACCAAAACAAUAAAAAUCUCAAACAUUGCCAAAUGAAAA